ACUCCUCCUCUCUUCUGCACCCCAUCAUACUCACCACCACUCUACCCAUCCGUCCCGAAAGGAAAGCUUUCAAAAAAUUGCUCCGAUUUACAAUUUGCUGAGCAAUAGCGGGCAUGCCACGCUGCGACCGAAACAAGGAUUCGAGGAGAACAUGGAAAAAAUGCCUUCACUUUUACAAAUGCACUUUAUAUUUAUUCAUCUUUAGUCUGGAACUAAACCGCAGCGUUUCAGAGCCUGUGAAUGGUGAUGUGUUUGUGUUCUUCCAUGAGGGGGCUCAGGGCUGUCUAGGGGUGCAGGGUCACUCCCUGUCGCUGUCCGAGUCCUGCGAGGAUGACGCCCAGAAGUGGAAGUGGGUGACCAGGGGCCGGCUCUUCAACCUAGGCUCCUCUCUGUGCCUGGGCCUGACAACAGGCAACUACAGCUCCAGGGAGGACGCCUCACCACUGGGCGUCUACCCCUGUGACAGAGAGCCUCCAGGGGUCCGAUGGACCUGGUACUGUGUCCAUGUGUUGGAGAACCUCAACCUGUACAUGCCGUCACCCUCGCACCCUGUCAACCCCUCCGCUAACUCCUCAGUGGUGGCCUCGGAUGUCAAGCCCCCACGGGAGGGGCUCAAGUGGAGGCUCUUUGGGGACGAUCAGGACCUUUGUUCUAGGGCCUAUCGUGAGAUCUAUACUAUCCAGGGGAACUCUCACGGUCGCCCCUGCUACCUGCCCUUCAUGUACGAUGGCCAGUGGUUCCACAACUGCACCAGUAUUGGCAGAGAGGACGGUCACCUGUGGUGUGCCACCACAUUCGACUAUGCUAAGGACGAACGCUGGGGCUUCUGUCCUGUUAAGAGCAAUGACUGUGAGACGUUCUGGGACACAGACCCCCUGACAGACAGCUGCUACCAGUUCAACUUCCAGGCCACCCUGUCAUGGAGCGAGGCUCGCAUCAGCUGCCAACAGCAGAGGGCUGACCUGCUCAGUAUCACCAAGCUGCAUGAGCAGACCUACAUCAACGGUUUGCUGACUGGUUACAGUGCUGCUCUGUGGAUCGGUCUGAAUGACCUGGACAUCAGCGGAGGCUGGCAGUGGGCUGACUCCUCCCCGCUCAAAUACCUCAACUGGGAGAAUGACCAGCCGAGCCAUGUGGAUGAGGAGAACUGUGCGGCGAUCAGGACAGAGUCGUCCGGCCGCUGGCAGAACAGAGACUGCUCUGUAGCCCUUCCCUACGUCUGUAAGAAGAGACCCAAUGCCACCCUGGACCCCUUCACCACCGACUCGUGGGCGGAUGAUGAGAAGUACGAGUGUGAUGUGGGCUGGCAGGCGUUCCAGGCAGGCUGCUACAGACUGACGUCAGAGAAGAUGGACUGGGACGCUGCUCAGAAAACCUGUCAGAAAAUGGAGGCCAACCUGGUCAGCCUCCACACCCUGCCUGAACUAGAGUUCAUCAUCAACAACAUCAAGCGAGAUGUGGAGGAGCUGUGGAUUGGUCUCCAUGACACGGCUAUGCAGAUGGACUUCCAGUGGACAGACCACACGCCCGUCAUCUUCACUUACUGGCAUCCCUUUGAGCCCAACAACUUCCAAAACACCCCCGAGGACUGUGUCACCAUCUGGGGACCCGAAGGCCGCUGGAAUGACAGUCCCUGUAACCAGACCCUGCCGUCCAUCUGUAAGAAAGCAGCCCAGAAGACUGACGGACAGGCACAGGACCACGGGUGCAAACCAACUGGCUGGAGAUGGCACAGUCCGGCCUGCUACUGGGUGGGAGAGGAGCAGGUGACCUUCGAGGAGGGCAGGAAGGCCUGCGCUGGCAGCGGAGCAACCCUCAUCACCAUCACCAAUAGGUUUGAGCAGGCAUUUGUCAACAGUCUGGUGUUUGGCCGUUCUGGGGAUUCAUUCUGGAUAGCCCUGCUUGACCAGAAAAGCCCCGGGAAAUUCCGCUGGCUCAGCGGGGAUGAAGUGGCCUAUACCAACUGGAACAGAGACCAGCCAGGAGGAAACAUCAAAGGGGGCUGUGUAACCAUGGAGACGGGCUACGCCACAGGCCUAUGGGAGGUGAAGGACUGUGCGUCGGCCCGGGCCAAGUUCAUCUGUAGACUGAACCAGGACACGUCCCUCAGCCCUGAGCCCCCCACCCCGCUCCCCACCCCCAGCCUCACUGGAUCCUGCCCCAACGGGUGGAAGACAAACGGCAAGCUGCACCACUGCUACAAGGUGUUUGACUCAGCCCAGAUGGACCAGAAGCUGAGCUGGCUGCAGGCCCACCUAGCCUGUCAGAGACACCAUGGAGCCAACCUGCUGAGUGUCAGUGGCCCAGAGGAGGAGCACUUCAUACUGCAGAUACUACACGAAGCCUUUGGGGAGUCAGAGGACCAUGAGCAGCGCUGGUUCUGGAUCGGCCUGAACCGCAGGAACCCCAUGGACAACGGUAGCUGGAAGUGGAGCGAUGGACUGGCCUAUACGUACCAGAACUUUGGGCGUUACUACUACAACGUCCGUCAGUGUGCAGCAGCAGAUCUGGGCACCAUGACCUGGCUGGCCAUGCGCUGUGACGCUGAACUGGACUGGAUCUGCAAGAUCCCCAAAGGAAAAGUUGAUAAGGAUCCAAACCCCACUGAAGCCCCCACUGCCAGUGAGUGGGUGGGCUUCCAGGAGGCAGAGUAUAAGUUCUUUGACCACCGGUCUACGUGGGACCAAGCCCAGAGGAUCUGCUCCUGGUUCGGUGCUUCUCUGGCUUCCAUCCACUCUUCUGCAGAGGAGGUUUUCCUUGCCAACACACUGCACAAGAUGACCAAGGUAGAGGGGGACCACUGGUGGGUGGGGCUUCAUACGUAUGAGAACGAUGGCCGUUUCCACUGGUCAGACCACUCUGUGCUCAACUAUGUGUCCUGGGCUCUCAGUAGGCCACACCCACUCAGCCGCGACCGCAAGUGUGUCCACAUGUCAGUCAGCAAAGCGGAGUGGGCAGAUCAGAAAUGCCACUCAGACUUGCCCUACAUCUGUAAGAGAGUGAAUGUCACAGGCACUAUCCCACCCACACCCUCCACCCCCCUGCCCCCCGCGGGCUGCCCUGAUGGCUGGGGCCCCUUCCUACACAAGUGUUAUAAGGUGUUUGGUCAUGAGGAGAGCCGGAGGGCCACAUGGUCAGGAGCCAGGCUCAUGUGUGAGUCACAGGGAGGAGCCUUGGCUGUGGUGCCCAAUCACGUGGAGCAAGCCUUUGUCACCACUCUGCUGUCCAACGUGAGUUUUGACCUGUGGGUGGGGCUCACGUCUGACUCUAAAGGCCACUUCCAGUGGGCUCGUCCUGGACUCCUCAGCUACACCAACUGGGCCUCUGGAGAACCCCUGGACAACAGUGGACCACUCCACAACAAGAGUCCGGGGAACUGUGUGGUGAUGAUCCAUGGGAACCCAGCUAAAAAUACGGGCAUGUGGGCAUCCCGGGCCUGUGAGAUGGAGAAACAUGGCUACAUCUGCCAGAAGAAACAAGACCCAGCUCUGCCCCCUGGCGCUGCCCUCCUGCCCUCCUCCCUGUCCGGAGCCCUGGACCUGGGUGGGGUGUCGUACCGCAUAGUGAAGAAGCGUCUGGACUGGAUGGGAGCGCUGCAUGUGUGCGAGUCUCUGAACGGGACGUUGGCUUCAGUGAGAGACCCCUACCAACAGGCUUACCUCACCCUGCUGAUGAACAGCCUACACCUCCCAGCAUGGAUAGGCCUUUACAACUAUGGGGGACGGCACUUCAGCUGGUUGGGUGAGGAGGACCUGAUUUACACUGCCUGGCGGGAUGGGGAGCCUAAUACACUGUCUGGAUGUGGUCACAUGACCACGGUGGGGCAGUGGACUAUGACCCCCUGUGACGCUAAACUGGAUGCUGUCAUCUGUCAGAUUAAUACAGAAGAGGCUUUGGUGCACAAGUGGAGUUUCCCAGGACAGUGCCCUCACUCUCUGGGUGACUGGGCCUGGGUGCCUUUCAGGAACCACUGCUACUCCUUCAACCUGCAGAGCCUCCGGCUGCAGACCGACGCCCACUCCUCCUGCAGGAAGGUGGGUGGCCAGCUGCUGUCGGUCCUGGAUGAAACAGAGAAUGGCUUUGUGUGGGAGCACAUCCAGGGCUACCAGGAGCAGGCCCACGGAGCCUGGCUGGGUAUGACCUUUAACUCCAAAGGGGGCAGUCUGAUGUGGUCUGAGAGUGCGGAGGUGAAGUUCACUAACUGGGAGGUGCAGGGCACCAACUUGAGCACGCUGUUUCCCAACGCCUGCUUCUGGAUCCAGAGCAACACAGGCCUUUGGAAACCAGGCUCCUGCAAGAACCACACACACGGAGUCAUCUGCAAACGGCCACGCAGUGCUGAGGCUUUGGCGGUAGUCUCUGAAGAGGACCACCUGCCCACUCUGAUUGUGAUCAUGGUGACGGGCCUGGCGUUGGUGAUCCUCAUCGCAGGCGUGAUCUACCUGUACCGCCGGCGCCAGGCAGGCUCCCGUGGAUCCUACGAGGGGGCGCGCUACAGCCGCACCAACUCCAACCCCUCCGAACAGGCCGAGAAGAACAUCCUGGUGUCUGACAUGGAGCUCAACGAGCAGCCGGAGUAGCACAGCCAACCAGGCCUGGCCCCUCCCCCCAGGACAAGAGACACCUGGGAGUACCUAAUACUGACUGACCCACUGUCUGACUGAUACGCAUUCUGCUUCUACAUUUUAUGUCCCUGUUCUGUUUGAAAAGAUGCUGAAGAUGCUGACGGUCUGUGCUGUGUCGAGCGCAGCAGAUGCCAAUCAAAUUCCAUUUAAACAGUCAUUCUCCAAAGGGGUUAAUAAUAUGCAAAUUACAAUAUGAACUGCUUUUCUUAGUAGUAUAGCAAUAAUGUUUCUGAUGUCAGUUUCACAUUUCAUUUCAAACACUUCCUGUUUUUGGUCCCUAAGUCAAAAAGGCAGAUGCCAAAAGCCAAAGACUAAGGCUUUGCACCAGUUCUUCCCUUAUCAUCCAAAUAUCAACACAAUUUCCAUCGAGACCAUGACAGUAUUUACCUGAGGUUAACUUCAGGUUUGUUUUGUAUAUUUCCUUUUGGUUUGUUUGUGUGUGGGUUUUUUUUGUCCAGUGCAGCUGUAGUGAAUCUGUAGCGAAUCCUCCCUCUAAUUCUGGUUGUUUUCGUGAAGCUUUUGUUGUUGCCCGACCCCCCCCCCCCUCCUUCUGUUCUGACUGACACGUCAGCAAAGGCUGGUUGGAAAGCAAUACUUACUUCAGUGUGGAAGAGAAGAGGACAGUGAUUUUUAGAGUGGUGAUUUUAGAGUGAUUUUAACGAGUCCCUGGCCUGUUCACCACAACUGCACAUACAGUAGGAGAGAGAGAGAAAUUUGACGUUGAUACAGACUGAUACCGUCUUUCGUUGUCUUGGUACAGUGUGAUGGGGUCAUUAUAUUUCAGUAUGUAACAUUCUA